GUGGAUGCUGAUUGGUUCUCGGGAUGUUAAGGCCGUUUCUGUGUCUCAUUGUUCCAGGAAGUCCUUUAUUAAGUCCGUAUAGAGCACACAAUCUGAUACACAGCUGUCUGGAGCAGUCAACAUGGCAGAAGAAAAAAAGAAGUUUCUGAUGGACCACAGAGAUGAAAUUAUACAAAAGAUAAGAAAUCCCAUUCAACUGGCCGAUGUUCUGCUAGCGAAGGGACUUAUUGACAAUGAACUGUUUGGUACUAUCAAAAGCAGUGAAACCAAGCAAGAAAAGACCCGUAAAAUUUUUGACUGUACCAAUAGCACAGUUCACUUUGUCUGCUUCUAUGAUUGGCUGAAGGAGAAGGAAUCAGACAUGUUUGAAGAACUGGAAAACAGGGACCUCGAGGGGCCACAGAAAAAAUGUGCAAGACUCAACAAUGUGGAUGAAAUGGAUAAUAAUAUUACAAAACCUCCUGAUCUCACGAUGAUAUACACCUUCCCCAAACUGGAAGACUGGGUCUCUGUCCCCAACAUCAGCCAAAAUCUGCUGUGUGAUUUAAAGAGAAAGCUUACUGAUAAGAGCAUGGAAGAUUUGAAAAAAGAAUUAACGGACAAAGAACCCAAAAAUUCUUUAUGCUUUAAUGCUGACGAUAUUGAUGAAAUCAGAAAAAAUAAGGAACUUGACACAUUUCUCAGUACAACAAAGGAUGCAAAAUUUCCUAAAAUUCCACUUAAAAUGUUUUUUAAGAAAUGUGGAAAAGCUCAAAGCUCCACUGAUCAUGAAGAGAUCAUGGACACAAGUGACGCAUUAGGAAGCAUUGUAUAUGGAUCUUUAUUAAGCUCAAGUUUAAAUGACGGCAAUUGUCCACUCAAUUUCGAGUGCAGUCCCAAUGGGGACAUGGAUAUGAAGAUUCAUGACAAUAAAGACAAUGAGUUGGAGUCCAAAACCACUGAACAGCAACAUGGGGGAUCAGUCAUCCAAAUGCACCAUGAGGUUAAAGCUGAUGCAACAUCACAGGAGCCUAUGGCCAGUCAGGAUAUUCAUAUUGAUAAGAUGGAUCAGCAGUCUCGAAGAUCAGAUGUGUCAAAGCAUAAAGAUGCAUCUCUACAAGAAAAGGAACAAUUCAGAAAAAAAGAGACUCCAUUAGUAGAUGGACUUGGAGGAACAGACAUGCAGGAUAUAAACAUUAGAGAGAUGGAUGAGGAACCUCAAAGAUCAGGUGGACCAAAUGACUCAAGGUAUGAAAAUGUAUCUCUGCAAGAAAAUGGACGAUUCACAAAAAAUGAAACUCCAUUAAAAGAUGGAUUUGGAGGAACAGACAUGCAGGAUAUAAACAUUAGAGAGACAGAUGAGGAACCUCAAAGAUCAUGUGGAAGAAAUGACUCAAGGUAUGAAGAUGUAUCUCUGCAAGAAAAUGAACGAUUCACCAAAAAAGAGACUCUAUUAGAAAAUGGACUUGGAGGAACAGGCAUGCAGGAUACACACAUUAGGGAGCCAGAUGAGGAGCCUCAAAGAUCAUGUGGACCAAAUGGCUCAAGGUAUGAAGAUGUAUCUAUGCAGCAAAAUGAAAGAUUCACUAAAAAAGAGACUCCAUUAGAAGAUGGAGUUGGAGGAACAGACAUGCAGGAUACAAACAUUAGAGAAACAGAUGAGGAGCCUCAAAGAUCAUGUGGACCAAAUGAUAUAAAGCAUGAAGAUGCAUAUGUGAGGCAAAAUGAGUCAGACAGAUGUAGAAACAUGAAUAUGCAGCAAAAUGUGCAAGAAAAUAUGGAGGUUGACCCUGAGCCUUUUUCUUCAAAGCAGCUGCAGGAGUAUACACAAAUUAGCAGUACAGAGAUCUUAGCAAAAGAUAUAGACACAGCCACACUAACUACAAACAGAAAUGUUAAAGGUAAAGCUACUCAAAGGAGGGAAAAGUCAAAAUCCCUGAGUAAAAAGGAGAAGGAUAAUCUGCUUCAUGACUGGGCAUUGAGACAAUGUGAUGGCUCUAAAGAAGAGUUAAAAAAAAUAUUGGAGCAGAUUUCAAUCAUAAACAUGGUAGAACACAGUGAUAAACCAUGUUUUAUUGCUGAAAAUGUCAUGGUGUAUAAGAAGUCAACUCCUGAGAGCCAAAUUAUCUUUAUUGCCAAUGAUAUUACUUCCAUCAGCACUAAGACCAUGGUCCAUUAUCAAAUGUUUGUGUGUAACAUUAAGAAAGCAACAAUCUUAGGUCCUAAAAAAACUACUGAACAUCAGAUUGAGUAUGAUGAGACCAAAGUGCCUGUAGAUAAGUGUACAAGAUUCGUUUUUGAAGCGUUUGCUCCCAUUCUUGCAAUGUUCAAAAUGAUUCAGAAAGAGAAUUUGUACUCUCUAUUCUGAGUACAGUAAAAAAUUUAAAAACUUGUAAAUGAACACUGUAAAUAUACUGAAUGCCUAAGGAUGCAAAGCCAUUUUGAAGGUGUAAAAAGUUACACGUACGUAUAUAUACAUGUUAUGGACAGCUUGGUCUAUUCCCUGUCUGAAUACUAGGGGGACAUUUUAGCAGGCUUUGUUUGUCUUGUGCCAUGUGCUUUUGUUUUUGUUUUGUGUAUCACACUUGUUUCCCCCACCCUAUCAUUUAUCUGUUCCCGCCUCUACAAAACUGUUCCUUGUGUCUCAGUAACUGCCCUCCCUAUAUAUACCUGUGUUUUUGUGUAUUGUUCCCUGGUUUUUGUUUUAGAUCAUUUGUUUUCCAUGUGUUUUGUUUUCUUAAUAAAUCCCCUUUACUUUA